ACAACAAAUUGGAAAUACCUAGUAAAGAUACGAAAAAAGCGCGAAAUAAUAAAUUAGUUAAAUUCUCAUUUGAUUGCAAAAUAAAUAUGUAUUAAAUAGAACGAUAGUGCAAAUAAAAAAUGAGUCCAUAAGUUUUCAUUUGAUGAAUUUGAGAAAGAAAUAGCAAGAGAAAGAAGAGAAAAUAUAGAAACCAGAGACAGAAACAGAAAGUGGGAGCGAAUAUAAAACAGAGAGUAUUUAAUAAAUUAAUUAAAAAGGCACAAAAUAUAGAAAGAUUAAUAACUAAAACAGACAGACACCAAAGAAUUAAAUAGAGUAAAUUUAAUAGUUUUACUUUAAUUAACUUUUGACAAAAACACAUUUAUACCUUGAAGAGAUUCAUUUAACUAAGAAUAAUAUCUAAUAGAAGUAAAUCAAUAAAAAUAAUAAUUUCUAGAAUGGUCAAUACGCAAGAGCACAGCAACAAUAACAAGAGUGCAAAUGUCAAUGAAAUUGAACAGUUGAAGGGUUCGACCACGAAUACCGCGACAACAGCCGCUACAAGCGCAGCUAACAAUAGUGUAGGUUCUCCGUCGUCCACCACAUCAUCAACAUUAAACUCAUCUUCACCGAAUUCACCAACACAAUUUCCAUCACCUGCAACAACACCUGUAAAGCCUUUGUCGUCUUCAACAAAUUUUGCUAAAAAUGCUUCAGCACAAGCCGCUACAGCUGGUACACAAACCCAUCACAAAUUGAUACCCAUACAAAGUGUACUUCACACAGCUGAUCAUCAGCAUUAUAAUCAGCAGCAUCAUCAUACGCAUCAUAAUUCGUCUUUAAAUCAUUCAUCUGUAAAUCUGCAGUUGCAGCAGAGUGGUGCAACAACAUCUCAUCUUAAUGCUCAUAACUCCUCUACAUUACAACAGUUUCUUGGCGGCAGUGCCACCACCAGCAACACUACAACCACUACUCAUGCCCAGUUGCCAUCCGAGUUGCCACAUGAGGAUGAAGAACGUUUGGAAAAUCUCUUCAAUCAACUCGAUCGGGACGGAAAUGGUCGCAUCGAUGUACACGAUCUCUCAGAAGCUUUACGAGAAUUUGGUCUAUCGAGCGUUUAUGCCGAGAAAUUUUUGGAACACUCUGAUCAAACACAGAGUGGUGAUGUGGGACUCGCUGAAUUUGUUCACUAUGUGCGGGAACAUGAGAAAAACUUACGUUUGCAAUUUUCUCACUUGGACAAAAAUCGAGAUGGAAAAGUCGAUUUGGAAGAGCUGAUAUCGGCAUUUAAGGAUUUGGGUAUUGAAGUAGACAUGGAAGAAGCUAAGAUUUUAUUAUCAAGAAUGGAUCAAGAUGGCAGUUUAAAUAUUAGUUUCAAUGAAUGGCGUGAUUUCCUGUUAUUGGCACCUUCAUCGGAUAUACACGAUUUAAUCAAGUUUUGGCGGCAUUCUACUUACCUCGAUAUUGGUGAGGAUAUGAACGUACCUGAUGAUUUUACACCAACAGAAUUACAAAGUGGCAUGUGGUGGCGUCAUUUGGCAGCUGGUGGUGUUGCUGGUGCUGUAUCCCGUACAUGUACUGCUCCCUUAGAUAGAAUAAAAGUGUUUUUGCAGGUCCAAACACACAAGACAGGAAUCUCAGAUAGUUUAAGAUAUAUGCUUAGAGAAGGCGGUUUACGUAGUAUGUGGCGUGGCAAUGGUAUUAAUGUUUUAAAAAUUGCCCCCGAAUCGGCCAUAAAAUUUGCUGCCUAUGAGAAAAUCAAACGACUGAUACGUGGCGACGAUAAACGUCAAAUGACAAUUGGUGAACGUUUUAUGGCUGGUGCUGCAGCCGGUGGCAUUUCACAGACCGCUAUCUAUCCCAUGGAAGUAUUAAAGACACGUUUGGCUUUACGCAAGACCGGCCAAUACAGCGGUAUUUUGGAUGCGGCGAAAAAGAUAUAUGUCCAUGAGGGUUUACGCAGCUUCUACCGUGGUUACAUUCCUAAUAUGUUGGGCAUUAUACCAUACGCCGGCAUUGAUUUGGCCGUCUAUGAAACAUUAAAGAAGAACUAUUUAAGUAGUCACAACACAGAACAACCCAGUUUUCUAGUAUUACUAGCGUGUGGCAGUGCAUCUUCGACGUUGGGUCAAGUGUGUUCAUAUCCUUUGGCUCUGGUGAGGACACGACUACAAGCUCAAGUCGUGCUUAAAUCGAAACAAUCCGGUUCGCCAAUGGGUGGCAUACCCUUGAAACAAGCUGGUGCUGGCAAUGAUGACAACAUGUUUGGCGUUUUUCGUAAGAUUUUACGAACCGAAGGCAUUUGUGGUCUCUAUCGUGGCAUAACACCCAAUUUCAUUAAAGUUUUACCGGCCGUUUCCAUAAGUUAUGUGGUCUAUGAAUACUCUAGCAGAUGUUUGGGCGUUAAUAUGACAUGAUGUGUUUGCUACGACACUAUCAUUAUUUAUAUGAUUUGCCACAUUAAAUUUACAUCCGAACAAACCAAUAAUUCAGCAGCUGUGCUUGCUCUCUUUUCUUCGUCAUCUUCUUCCCAAUCUAUCUAUAUAUUAAACGCUCUUCGCCCCUCACCUUCCACAUCUAUCACUACCACCACCACCACCACCACCACUCCACCACUAACCUUACAACUACAUACUACAACUAUAUACUGUAUUACGUUUACUGUAAUCUUAACAUUUAAAUUUUAGCCUUAAUUUAGUUUAAAUUAUUCUUAUUCUAAUUCUAAUUCUAAUACUAUAUUUUUAUUUGUAUUGUAUUUGUUAGUAAUGUUUUUUAUUAUGAAUACAAAAGAAAAGAAAUGAAAAUGAAAAAAAUGUAAUUGAAAGAAGAAUGAAAAAGAAAGUUAAUUUAAUGCCAAGAAAAAGCUAAAUGAAAUUAUUGAAGAAAAAACUGAAAAAAUAAACUUUCCUAAGUGAUACUAUUGCUAAUAUAUUUACAUAUAAUUAAACAAUUAAACAAAUAAUAAAUAGUAAACAAACCAACAAAUAAAUGAUUAACAUUAAUAACCUUAAAAUACCUAUCUAUAUACAUACCUAAAUACAAAUAUUUAUUGAAAUGCUAAAGAAAAGUUAUAGAAUUCUUUUUUAUUGUAUUUAAAUUAAAUUAGUUUUUAUUUAAUUUAUUUAUAAUAAAUAAACAACUUCUUUAAACUUUGACCUCUUUUAAGAUAAUUGAAUUACAAUUCCUUGCUUUUUUUAUUUAUAAAUAAAAGAAAAAAUCCCUUAAUUUUUGUAUAGAUUCCAAAUACUUGUAUAUUUAAUUUAUCUUAAUAUGAAAAAAAAACCAACAACAAAUAAAUAUAAAUAGCAAAUUUUUUAAAAUUAAAUACAAAAAAAGUUUAUUUUUUUAUUUAUCUUUAAUAACUUUGAAAAAAUUAGACUUUUUCUUUGAAAAAAAUUAAGCUAACUACUACAUUUAUGAGGCUGAAAAAAAGGGUUUUGUAGCUUUGUUAAUUUAGUUUUUUAACUUAUUUUUGAUAAAAAAAAAAACAAAAAAAAGGAAAAAUCAUAUAAACUUAAAGUUAACUUAAAAACAAAAAGAAACUCAACGAUAUUAUUAUUUUCAAAUAAAAAUUUAGUAUAUACUACUAUUUUAUUAGCCUCAUCAUCAAUAUUUACAUAAAUAAACAUAUGUUGUAUGGUAUGUACUAUAAAUGAAAUUUAAAAAUUAAAAUAAAACUGAGUAUUUGAAAUGGCCAUCUACAUGUGAAUGCAGUUUAAAAUACUUAAUACGAAAAUAUGAAACAUAUAUGAAAAAUUUCAAAUAUUUUUUAUAUAAAACAAAAAAAUAUUUUCUUUUUCUUUAAAAUUAAGAAAUUUCAAUGCAAAAUUUUUAACCAAAUAUUUUACUUUUUAUAAAAGCAUUUAAUUUCAGGAAAUUCACUUUUCAAAACAAACAAAAAUAUAUGUUUUUCUUUCUUUCAGUGUCUUUUUUGUUGUUGAUAAUACUUAAAAAGUUACAAAAAAUUACAAUAUAUUAAAUAAGAACACAAAAAUAUUAAUAAAUGCCUUUAUUUAAUCCGUAAAAUAUGUAUUUAAAAUCCAAAACUAAAUAUAAAAAAAUGAAAAUAAAAUUUAUCUUUAAAUUCAAUAAAACUUAAAAA